CCCUGGUAGGCCCGGCCCGGGCCAGGAUGCAUUUCUGCCCCCGAGGAUGCAUUUCUGACAAGUUCCAAGGUGAUGCCGAGGUCCACUGGUCACACUGGAGUUGGUGAGAGAGGACUUGCCCUCCUUCUGAGGCUUAACAGAAUUCUUAAAAGGAGAAUGUGGCCCCAGAAGAGACUCAGGAACCAGACCCCAGGAAGAAUUGCAUCCUUUGGGGGAUCACAGAGUCCAUGUGAUGUGGUGUGAGUUAAGUUGACUGCUGCUAAGCUUGGUGAAAUUGAGCCAGGUGUUUUAAAUUUUUUUUUUUUUAACGUUUGUUUAUUUUUGAGAGAGAGAGAGACAGAGCAUGAACGGGGGAGGGUCAGAAAGAGGGGGAGACACAGAAUCUGAAGCAGGCUCCAGGCUCUGAGCUGUCAGCACAGAGCCCGACGCGGGGCUCGAACUCACGGACCGUGAGAUCAUGACCUGAGCUGAAGUCGGACGCUCAACCGACCGAGCCACCCAGGCGCCCCAAGCCAGGUGUUUUAUAAUUGGCCCCUCUUCUUAAUGGAGCGGCUGGCGUUUUCUGAGCACCUACUAUGUGCCCGCGCUUUCUUCUCCCCACUGAGUAGCAUGCUGGGUCACUUUGGAUGGAAGGUCACCUUGGAGGUGGGAAGUACAACCCGUUUGAGUUCAAGGACGGUCUUUGAAUCGGCAUGCCUGCCAUCGGCUUGCAUGCCAGGAGCCUGUGGGCAAGAGGGAAGAUUUGGAUUUACACACAUUUUCAUGCUGGAUUUCCUUCAUUAGUUAUGUGGUUCCGAGGGAGUCAGCUGCCGGGAGGCCCGGGAAGGGAUAGUCAAGAGGUUUCUUAGUUGCCUCGGUGCCAGAUUCACUUUGACUCUCUUGAAGCCCCUGGCAAGGCCGCCACUCAGCAGACUCCACGCCGUCUGUGCGUCGUGUUCCGGGAGGCACUUGGGAGGGCCCCGGACAGAUGUGCUGUCACAGCCAAUAUACUCCGGCUCUGCGUCUGGCGGCUUAUGCAAGGAAAAUGGAGACUGGAAAGUCAUCUGUGUGUCACUUGCAGGAGAAACACUUCAGGUGAUGAGACAGGAUUUGAGGAUCCGAGUGGGAAGGUGGCCGUGACCUACCCUUCCUUCCUUCUCCCCACCUCAGUCAACCUACAGUCUCCCAAGCUGCCUUAUGGACAUAGCGUCCCACGGGGGAUGUUGGGCUUAUUGUUUUUUUAUCUGUGAUGAUAUUAAUUUGCGUUAAACAAAAGAAGCGAUUUACCUUGUAAUUCUGAGGUUUAUGGUAUUUCUACUGAGUCCUUUCAUCUAUUGAAAGAUAGUGUUAUGCAUUUUAAUAGAAGCUGUUGUUUUCCUUAAAAAUCUUUUUUUUUUUUUUUUUUUUUUAAUGCUUUCUUCUCUCCUCAAAUUAAAGAGUUGGAGCUCGUCUUAUAAGGAGCUUUGAGGCCCAGGACUGCAAAUGUUGUUUCCUCUGUGAGUGAGUGUGUGUGUGUGUGUGUGUGUGUGUGUCUCUUUGUCACACUACCAGCCCUCAAUAGAGGUCUGGCACAAUGCUUUUUGGGGACGCAGUGCUGUUUCUUUAGCCGGGGGUUUUUGAGGCUUCACAGACUGUGCUGGAUUCAGGUGCUUGUACUGCGUGUGUGACAUUUACCCACUCAUCGAUUAUCGACUUCCUUUCAGGAAUUUCCAGGAAACCCUCUUACCACGAGGGUACAAAUUAAUGUUUUUCUAGUUUAAUUACAGCAGUUUUGAAAGGAAGCACCUUGCAGACCAUUAUCUAAAGCCGGCUUCCUUUAAAAUUAGAGGGCACAGCAUGAGAGCCUGGAAUCUCCUCUAGCACGAUGGGCUCUGACCUCCGAGGACAGGGUUGUGUCUUCGGACACGGGAGUGGGGAGAUGUAUCGAAAAGCGAGGGGAACACCUUUCUCUUGAGGCUGUCAUCGCACUCGUCCGAUCCCAGCUCUCUCUUCAGUAACCCCCUCCCUGCUUCCCGGGGAGGUGACCCCGAGGAGCCCGUCAUUAUGGCCCCGGCUUGAUGGGUAAUUGCUGGUUAUGAGGUUUGAUUUGACAUCGGCGCUUUGUGUGAUAGCCUGUUGGGUUUGCUUGGCUUAAAUUGAUUCUUUCCAUUCCUCUGAGCUGCGGCGCAGAAACAUGGCUGCAGUGGGGUUUGCCGAGAUGCAAGGAUGUCCAUCUCGGCUGCAGGACCCACGACAGCUGUCCCGAGAACCGUUUCGGCAAAGCCUUCAUGAUUGGGUGCAGUGAAGGUCCGACGCAGGUGCAGCCUGGGUUCCUAACGGGUGAUGAUUAUGUUUUCCUGGGAAACUACUUAGAGAGAGAGAGAGAGAGAGAGAGAGAGAGAGUGAGCCAGUGUGCGUGUGUAGUCGAGGAGGCCCAGCUGCAGAAGAGAAGGGGACUGUGUCGCGGUCUAGGAGUUUCUUCUGCCUCAGCUGUCAUUCCUCGCCGCUGGCAUCAGAACUGAACAAGGGUGCAGGGCUCAGGAGUCGCUUGUCUCUCUGCACAGCUGUGCCGCAGGCAGUGAGGCCUGAGGGAGCCAAAAGCAUCUUACUGCUUAUCAGCUGUGAGCCCUCGGGGGAGUCUCUGAACUGCUGAGCAUCAGUAUCUUUAUCUGUCAAAUGGGUCUGAUAAUACCUGCUCCGCUUAUCUCACAAGGUCUUACAUCUUCUGUCAGAUCAUCCAGAAGUAUAUACUUCCUGCUUUAUAGAGGGAUAGAUACGGGUCCAUUCAGUGAGAGGCAGUAUAGCCUCAUGGUGAGUGAUAAGUUAGCAGUGUACUUGUGGUGGUAGUUAGUUGUAAGGUCUGGUCAGUCCGUGGGUAGUAGUUAGGAAAAUGAAUGUCACUCCUGCCGCUACAUAGCCAGUUGUGAGUUGUUUUUUUUUUUUUUACUUCUUUUUUUUUUUAUUAAAAAAAAAAUUUUUUUUUAACACUUAUUUAUUUUUGAGAGACCAAGAGAGACAGAGCAUGAGCAGGGAAGGGGCAGAGAGAGAGGGAGACACAGAAUCCGAAACAGGCUCCAGGCUCCGAGCCGUCAGCACAGAGCCCGACGCGGGGCUCGAACCCACAAACCGCAAGAUCAUGACCUGAGCCGAAGUCGGACGCCCAACUGACUGUGCCACCCAGGCACCCCUACCUUCUUCUUUUUUUAACCCUCAGUUUACUCUAGGAUGGAUGGGUCUGUCGUCUGAAAUUGCAGAGCACUUGUUGAAGGAGAUUCUUCAGAUGUGUUAAUUUUGUUCAGCGAUAGGAUCUUUCUCCUGGGCCACGACCCUGGCCAGAGCACAGGCCAAGCUCUGUGCAUCAAGGCUGUGGGGGGCAGUGUUCUGUGGGUGGAACUAAAUCUGUUCUGGGUUCUGAGCAUCAGAGGGGGUGCUUCUGAAUUCCCUUGAGAGCCCUUGACCUUUGCAUGUCUCUGCUCAGAGAGCCAGACAAUCCGUGGCCCUGGGGUGUGAAUCUGCCCUUCUGUUCGAGCCUUGGAGGCCGUGGCCUUUUGUUUCGAAGCCGACUGCCUGAGAUCCCUUUGGAAUAUGUAAGUUGCAGGGGAAAGAAUUGGACACAUUCUGAGUCUUGCUGGUGGACUUUUUUUUGUCUAUUAGGGGAAUCCCAGCAUCACUUAGAUAUACAUGUCUUUAUUUCCUAGCCACUUUAAUUAUAUAGUAGUAAUAGUAAUAGUAAUAAUAAUAAUAAUAAUAAUGAUAAUAGUGGCCUCAGUGCCCCUGGCUCCCAGUGCAGUUUCUUGUAUGUGUUUAUUCAGCGAGUGGAUGAAUGACUGGGAGGCCCACAGGGGAAGAUUUGGAAGUUACCAUCAAAUUCAAGUCUGGAGGGGACCUUUGGGACAGAUAUUUUUUUUCACUGGGUCUCUAUCCUUUGCUUUCUCCCAUAACCACUUCCUUCUGAUCCGCGUGCUCUCCUGCAGCGUGUAUCCGCCACAGGCAUGCUCGGGCAAAUGCAGGUCCAGGCAGGGUGGCCGCCCUCCCACCUGGUCCCCUGUGGUCAGCACCUUGGGAAAUCUCCCUGCACGUUUGUCCUGCCAGCCUGGUGUCUGGUGUGGGUCUGGGGUCAGAGCUGGCGGGAAAUUCAAAGAUCGUCUCCUUCCCCCUCUGUAUUUUGGACGCUCAGUCACAAAGUGACUUGCCCAAGAUCAUGGCGAGUUAGCGGGCGAACCAGAUAGAAGCCUUCAUCUGCUGACUUUUCGUAGCUCUGGCCUGUUUCCAGGAAAGCAGGCUGUGACCUUUGUUCCUAGUGUCCUGGACAGAGACGCUAUUUCUGGAUGGACAUGUCCUACAUUUGGGUGUCAGAGUACCUCACUCUGGCCCCUGGGGGAUCCCGGGGUGAUGCUUUGAGGCUUCAGACACUGAGGGAAAAACGGAUUUGGGUCUGCUCCACCGUCUGAUUAAAAUGGGCCUCUUCUUCCCCUGGCCUGGAGAAUUGUUUCCUGUUCCCCUGCCAGUGGGCACUUCCUGCCUGUAUCCUCUCUCCCGGCUGCGGGCCGGGGCACCCAGGCUGUGGCUGGCCGAGCUGCAGGCUCGUGAACUUGGUCUGCGUAGUUCCUGCGCGGUGGUGAAAGCCCAGACAGGCGCCCAGCACCCUCCCCGUGCCUGGCAAGGGCCACUCGGUUGGCGCUUGUAAAAUUAGGGUAUCUGUCUCCACUGGCAUUUCUUUCCCAGUUAUACUAAUCAAUACUAGGAAGUUAAAUCAAGGCAGUCCUUGAACCGGCGCCAGCCUCUCAAAUACUUGUACGGUGUCUCUGUUCUGGUGCUCGCUCUGGCUCCUUUCCUCAGCGGUGGAUUUUCUAUGCAGGGUAGGAGCAUAGAGCAGGCUUUCUUGGGAAGCCAGGGAAUACACACCUCCUGAGCAAAUCAUGGAGCCCCAGGUAUGUUAUCUGUAGAUGGGUGUCAUUGUGCCAACCUUAAAGAUGUUGUAAGGAUGACGUGUGUGGAAUAAGCCUCCCCUCGUGCUUGGUACGUGGUGGGGUGGGUCCUGUCCAGACAGCCUUUGCUCUCGGAUGAUCUCUCUAGGUAUGUUGCAAAGGUUCUCAAGCAGGCUGACCAUCAGAAUUACAGGAGGGGUGCUUUAAAACACUGGGCCAACCCGGCCCCUCCAGAAUACCCACUCAUUCAAAUCUCCAGAGGUGGGCUCAGCAUUGUAUCAUUUAAAGAGAUUCCCAAGGCUCCAGGGUGGCUCAGUCAGUUAAGCGUCUGACUCUCGAUUUCGACUCAGGUCCUGAUCUCACAGUUGUGGGAUUGAGCCCCGUGUUGGGCGCCACACUGAGCGUGGAGCCUGCUUGAGAUUCUCUCUCUCUCUCUCUCUCUCUCUCUCUCUCUCUCUUUCCCUCUCUCCCUCUCCUUCUCUCCCUCUCCCCCUCUCCCUCUCCCCCCACACAUGUGCUCUCUCUCUCUCUCAGAAAAAGGAAAAAGUUUCUCUAGUGCUUUCUUCUCAUCCCUAGCUGUGUUUGGGAACCUCUGCAGGAUGGGCUUUAUUUAUUGUCUCUGUAAUUGUCUUUGAUCAAGGUAAAAUGGUGAGGUGGUAUAAUUGAUUCGAGGAUUUAAAUGUUUUGGCCAUUUUUUUUUCAUGCUUGAUUUGGGCUCUGUUUUCACAGUAAGUUAUUUCUGUGUGUCGGGAUGGGUGGGGUGGAAAAUAGGACAAUUAUAAAAAAAAAUGUCUACUUUUUGUAGAUGCUUGACUAAUUAGAAAUAGGUAAUUCGCACCUUAAAAAGGCAUUCUUUGUGGUAUGAAAGACAACUGGAUUCUCUCUGUUCAGGUGCCACCGGGUUCAUUUUUAAGACAUAGAAAUUGGUCUCUGAGAUCACUUUAAGACGGAUGGAUGAGAGGGGUGCCUGGGUGGCUCAGUCGGUUAAGCAUCCGACUUCGGCUCAGGUGAUGAUCUCACCGUUCUCGUGAGUUCGAGCCCCACGUCUGUGCUGAGAACUCGGAGCCUGGAGGCUGCUUCGGAUUCCAUGUCUCCCUCUCUCUCUGCCCCUCCCCUGCUCUCUCUCUCUCUCUCUCUCCUUCAAAAAUAGUAAACAUUAAAAAAAGUUCUUUUUUUAAAUUAAAAAAAAAAAAAAAGAUGGAUGGGUGAGAGUCAGCUUGCAGUUAGUUCCCUGUCUGUUUCAGAUAUGUGGGUGGGGUUUCUUCUCUCUCUGCCUCUCCCUAACGCCCUCCCUCCCUCCCUCCCUCCUCCUCUGGUUAGCUUGCUUCAUGGAGAACUCCCUGGUGCUUGUCGAGCCAGGGAGGGCAGCUUACGUUUCUGGCUCCAACCCUCAAUGGCCUGGUAAUUUCAUAAAGACAGGAGCCGUUUCCAGCUUGCAGCUUACCUGGGUACAACCUGCUACUCAGGGUGGGGCCAACAAUGUUUCUGUGGAGCAACGAGAAAUACAUCAGAGCAGGAUGCAAAACGUGCCCCGUCUCUAGUUCCUGCAUCUGUGAUCCGGAGCAAGUAACCGAAUCCUCGUAGAGCGAGCCGUGGUUCCCUUAUUGGUUAUACGGGGUGUUCACACUCCUCUCCUGAGUUUUCCCAAAUGAAACAUUUUCUGUGUGAAUGCUUUGUAAAGCCACAGAGCCGUGUCACCUUAUUGUAUAAGGAAUAUUUUGCUGCUUAUUAGAACUCUGGCAUUUCCUCCCGAGUUUUGCCUGCGGUUUACCUCUUAUUUCUCCCCAUGUUUAACAUGGCAGAUUAUUUGUAUGUCAGUUUCCUUUUUGUGCCCUGGGAACACGGCUGUCUUUAAAAGCCCAUCUCAAGCGCUGUGUUUGCAGGACUGUGAAAACAGAUGCCUGCGUGAACCUGCUCCGACCAGCAGCCUCAUUGCCGCAGCGUGCACGAAAGCCAGCGAACGUGUUCUUUUUCCUCGCUCCUCAGUUGGAAUUGAACGGCACUACAGGACUUGUUUUCUGGAGUGGUUACUAACCCAAAGCGGCUUUCUUUGAAUAAAUGGUGCUUUCCCCUUUGGGGACUCAAGAAUGGGAAGGACACACAGAGAUCACAAAUGGGUUUUGGUGCCAACAAACGGAGCUGCCUCCCAGAAAAAGUAUUUGCAUUCAGCAUGUGUGUGUUAAAUGGACAGUUGCUGGUAUCUGUCUGUCUGUCCUUGGGAAAGGUCAUAGUUCAGUAACAGCCCACAUUUGGUUCCCUCGUCUCUGCUCUACUGUGGGCUCCGCAGCCAGCUCAUUCAUUUGUCCAAAUCCAGGGUGGACAGUGGGAAAUAUACAUCUGGCCAGAAAAACAUUGUAGACAGAGAGAGAGAGAGAGAGAGAGAGAGAGAGAGAGAGAGAGUUCCUUACAGAUAAUUUCAGGUGUAAUCAUUGGUGGAAGCAUCCACUCAUCUAUUUAUUUCCUCCUCCAUUUAGCCAUUCACCCAUCCAUCCAUCCAUCCAUCCAUCCCUCCAUCCUCCAUUUCGGCAAAUCCUUAUUAAGCUCCUACUGUGUGCCACUUUUGUGCUGAGCUCUGGGGAUAAAAAGCCCAAUAAAACAGGAUCCGUGUCCUCAAGGAAUUGGCAGUCUAGGGUACAAGAUGUUUUCCUAAAUUUUAAGUCACAUUCUUACCCGACACAUACCUAUUCCUGUUUUGUUUUGGAUUUCAUCUCUUUUGAACAAAGCACGGCGUGGAACCAUUGUGACUUGUCCACUCAUUGUGAUGAACCCACAUUCUAGAGUUGGAUUUCAUGUUUUGUGUAACUCUAAGCAUGGUGUAAGUGCUUGUAUUAUUAAACGGGAGAAGGUGGAAGAAAUCAUCAUCCAGGAGAAAAGACCAAAUCUUAUGUAUUAAGUCAUGCGGAGGAACCCCUUUGGUGUGGACAUCUGCUGCCGUAAGGGGUCUCGAAGCCCCCUGCAGGAGCUCUACAACCCAACCCAGCCCGUUCCGGGAAAAGCGCUUCAGAGCCUCCGCACCGAGGCGGCUCCCUGUCGUUUGUUACAAAGGCCCUGUGUCCGUGCUCAGCACUCAGCCUCACGGAGAUCACAUGCCCUCGUGCUCCAUUGGCAGCUGGAGCUCUCGAACACCGCCGUCCUGCACCAGAUGAGGCGGGACCAGGUCACAGACACCUGCCGGGCCAACAGCGCCGUGAGCCGCAAGCGGCGGGUGCUGACCCCCAACGACCUGAAGCACCUGGUGGUGGACGAGGACCACGAGCUCAUCUACUGCUACGUGCCCAAGGUGGCGUGCACCAACUGGAAGCGGCUCAUGAUGGUGCUGAGCGGCCGGGGCAAGUACAGCGACCCCAUGGAGAUCCCGGCCAACGAGGCUCACGUGGCGGCCAACCUCAAGACCCUGAACCAGUACAGCAUCCCCGAGAUCAACCACCGCUUGAAAAGCUACAUGAAGUUCCUGUUCGUGCGGGAGCCCUUCGAGCGGCUGGUGUCGGCCUACCGGAACAAGUUCACGCAGAAGUACAACACGUCCUUCCACAAGCGCUACGGCACCAAGAUCAUCCGGCGCCAGCGGAAGAACGCCACCCAGGAGGCGCUGCGCAGGGGCGACGACGUCAGGUUCGAGGAGUUCGUGGCCUAUCUCAUCGACCCGCACACGCAGCGCGAGGAGCCCUUCAACGAGCACUGGCAGACCGUGCACUCGCUGUGCCACCCGUGCCACAUCCGCUACGACCUCGUGGGCAAGUACGAGACGCUGGAGGAGGAUUCCAACUACGUGCUGCGGCUGGCGGGGGUGGGCAGCUACCUCAAGUUCCCCACCUACGCCAAGUCUACGAGAACUACUGACGAAAUGACCACGGAGUUCUUCCAGAACAUCAGCUCCGAGCACCAAACGCAGCUGUACGAAGUCUACAAACUCGAUUUUUUAAUGUUCAAUUACUCAGUGCCAAGCUACCUGAAAUUGGAAUAAAGGGGGUGGGAGAGGGAGAGAGUCGUGCUUUUUAAUUUAAGAUUUUUAUUUGUCAAAAGAAUUAUAUGGAUAUUGGGUUAUUUUGUAAAUUAAUAUUUCUUUGGGAAUGAUGCUGCGAGCAGCAUGGUGAGAAUUAUUUAAAAUCCUUAGUAGGGAAGGACGGCUGUCUUUGCAGGGGGAUGGGAUGGGUGUCCUUGGUUUUAGACGGGAAUACUGCAACGCUGUCUCAAAGGUUUCCUUGUGCUCUGGUGAAUUCCAUGAAUUGUGCAUCCCGUAAAUUCUAAUUAAUAUUAUUUAUCGUUAUUUAAA